AGUGAGUGAUGUCAUUCUGGUAUAUCCAGAAAGGGAGGGGAAGGAGAGAAGGAGGGAGAGAGAGAGAAAAAGGAAGCUCUCCGAUAAGUUUUUGUGUGUAUUUCUCCAAAGUUACACAAACUUUCACAAAGCAAAGGUGUGAUUGGAGGACGUGAGGGGAUCGACAUGCUGAAGACGGAGCUCUGAGGGGGAGGACGGACACCAGUUUGUCAGCAGUUGUGCACAGCUGAUGACAACAUCAGAUAAUAACACUUUCUAAGGCCUUGGGCCUCGAGUGACUAUAGAGAGAUCCUGGACAGAGAAUAAGAGACACAAUGUCCUCGGACCUGGACUCCAGUCUCACCAGUAUUGACUGGCUGCCUCAGCUGGGAAUCAGCAGCCUGCGCUCGGGGAGAGAAAGGAGAGGAGGAGGAGGAGGAGGAGGAGGAGGAGGAGCAGGGGAGAGGGACAGGAAGAGAGAUGGUGGAAGGGAGAGGGUGGACUUUAUACCCCCGGUGCCCGACCCCUCCCCUUCUAACUCCAAAGGGAAACCCCCCCACAGCUACGCCACUCUCAUCGCCAUGGCAAUAGCAGCUGCACCUCAGAGGAUGUUGAGUCUGAAUGACAUCUACACCUGGAUCAGUGACACGUUCCCCUACUACAGCCGAGCAGGCCGGGGAUGGAAAAACUCCAUCAGGCACAAUCUGUCCCUCAAUAAGUGCUUCAGGAAGGUUCCUCGGCCACAGAGUGACCCCGGCAAGGGUUCCUAUUGGACGAUGGAUGGGCCUGCAGAGGUGAAUCAAGCCAGGGCACCUAAACGUCCCUACCCAGAGGAGGAGGAGGACAAGCAGGACGUGACACACGCAGAGAGAGGACCCUCUCCUCAUCAACCACAACCAGCCUCCCACACAGAGACACUGGGAGCCACCCAGUCCCCCCAGUCUGCCUCCCUCUCUCCUCCCCCAUGCAAGCAACCGUCACCCUACAUCCCCAGCCCCGUGUCCUCACUCCCUGUCCCUCAUCCAUCUGUGUCUCUUCCAGCCGGGCACCCGCCUGUCAUUCCCAUGUCCUCCAUCAACUCUUUCCCAUCUCCCCUUCCACCCGGCCCCACUUUUUCCACUGUAGCCAACCUGUCCACAGCUCCUCCAGCGGUCCCCUCUUUCUCUGAUGCUGCUCUGUCCUAUGCUGCUAACUCGGGUCCCGUGUCUGCUUCCACUUUCUCCUGCACCCCCGUCUCAGUGCCUGCAUCCAUCUGCACUGCGUCGGGACCGGCUCACUCUUCUGUAUCUGUCGUGCCUUCGUCCGUUCCUGUCGUCUCGUUAAACUGUUCCACUGAUCCGCCGCUCCGGUUCACUUUCGACGAGCUGAAUUUGCCAGACUUGUAUGCAUCUUUCAAGUCUCUAGUCAAGACCAUGCGGGAGAGGGGAGGCUCACAGUCGGAUGUUGCCCCCCUGGCCUUUCAGAGCAACGACAUUACUCCACUUCACACUCCAACUCUGCUACCAAUGUCUCCUCACCCUCCACAACUUGCACCACCUCCAGCAGCCGCCCCACCACUAGCGGCUGCCCACCCUCCUGUUUCACAGCACACGGUGCCACCCGACUGGUUCAGUAACCCAGAUUCUCUGAAGGAGAGCUUCCGCAUUGCCAGCAAUCUGGACUGGGCCAACAUAGACCUCUCUGGUCACCCAGACCUGCUGGAGAGCAUGCGGCAGGCAGAGCUCUGCGACUGGGCCCUGGACCCGGCGCUCUUCACCUCCCUCUGCGACUCUCUGAACCGCUUCUUUGCUCAGAAAGGCAUGAUCACCUCCGGGAAUAACUCCCCACUGGCCCUCGGCGCACCUCACUCCUUACAGGUCCCACCGUUCCCCACCAAUCCUCCUCCUACCCUCGCCAGCCUCACCCACCCAUCGCCUCUCCCCUACUCUCCGAUGGUUCCCCCCAUCAGUGGGGCACAGCCGCCCCGGAGGGCUCUGCACAUGCAGGGGCAGGCAUUGCAACGACCACAGCUAACACAGCCUGCGAAUGCGACCGCCGGGAUGCAGCCACGACAGCGUCCUCCAUUAAAGAGUCUGCACAGCAACAGUGAGGAGAUCCAGGAUGACUUUGACUGGGACUCUCUGCUGGUUUGACCCUCACCGCCUGUGUGGAGAAACGAUUCUCACUAGAACUUUUCAGAGAAACAAGCGUGGCUCUUCUUCACGAGACUCUACGCUGAAGCUGCCUCGCUGUUGAGCAUUAUCAAGCUCUCCCGAGAGCAAGUUUGGGAUCAAGUUUUUCACAGAUGACUGAAUGCUGUAUUUCAAGGUCGAAAAAGUUGUAUUUUUAUCAUCUUACUCAAAUUCAUAUGCUGUAAUGACUUUUGUUCACUUUAUCAUCUGCAUGCAAUUGGCAGGGUGGUGUUGUUGGAUAGGAGAUUUUUAAACCAAAGAAAAUAAAGUGUAAAUUUACUCUCGUCACAUUAUCGAGUAUAUAUAAAAACAAAAAAACUACAGAGCAAGCAUGAAACAAGUCAAACACACAUCCUGUGUUUUUGUUUUAUUUCAUAAAUUCCUUUUGAUUUUUUUUCCAUUUUACUUUUCAAAUGUGAAUGUUCACAGUCAUCACCACACAAAAUUCAACCUUACCCGAUAAAAGAGAUAUUUUUUCUUGUUGAUAUAAAAUAACAAAUUCAUCAAACUAAAUUAAAAGAACAGCAUGGAGCAUGUCAUCAAGUCCCUGUUGUUUUUUUUUUCAUCUCCUUUCAUUCAUUGAAAUAAUUGUCUUUUUUUUCUUUAAGAAGCAUCGUGUGUCUCUCCCUCGAAGGAAAGAGGGAUGAAACACAAGGACAGUGGUGCUUGGGGACACCUGUGCACCAGAGAUCCCGUAUGAAAUGUGAUUGGGAAAAAAAACAAAAAACAAACGCUUCUGAUUAACUAAAAAAAAAAAGAGGUGAAAGGUGAAAUAAGAUUGGCAGAGAAAUGUGUGACCCUUAUAAUACCUCAUUUGACAUCCCCAUUACAUAGUAUUAAUACAAGUGACAAUUUUUUAAAAACAAAAAUAAUGUACGUCAUCUCUUCCUUUCUGAGUCACUGAAAUUAGAUCGGACACAGGAAAAAUGGAGACAGAUAUUGAUACACAUACACAGAAACAGGCAUUUGCACUAUUGCAUACUCACAAAUGAGCAGUCUCGUUCACACAUCGCUGCAGACACACACACACGCACACACACAUUCAACAAACAUCCCGUCAUAUUUUCCCCAUCAGACCACAGAUGUCAGAACUCUCUUUAGUUUUCUACAAUAAAUCAGGAUGAAAAAAAAAUAAGCAUUUGAUUUAAAUGGCAUCAUCUUGUGAUUUUUUUCCUUGUUUAUUUGUUCCCAAGAAAUUGGAAAAAAAUAAAUUACAUUUAACAUUAAAUUAAAUUAAAAGUGAAAGAGUUGAAACAAUUUGACCACAUUGUGCCUGAAAUGUAAAUGCAGGUUUUUCAGUCCGUCUGGAGUUAGUUUUUGGAAGGAAAAAAAAAAAAAAAAUCAUCCUUCAUGCACUGGUUUGAUUUCAGUGAUUCAGUGUUUGUCUUCAUUCUAGAGGGAGAAAAGAGGAAGAGGCAGGUACAACAGUUUCUCUGUUCAGUUUGUUAGUGGCUAUGUCCCCUCUCCCUCCAUCUCUCUCUCUCAGUGCAGUAUUAUUAGAACAGAGUCGAGUGACACUACUGUAAAGCCUCCUGCUCUCACAGACUUACCUUCAUCUCAAGACAGGACUGAAAAAAAACACAACAUGAACGAUACAGAACAGAACAGGAUUAAAACAAAAAUAAAUAGAUCUCUAUUUCCCACCCGCAAACGACCCAUACUGAAAUGAAAGGAACUAAAUGUGGAAAAUUAUUCUGCAAUGAAAUAAUGCUUUUGAAAAAAAAAAAAAAAAA